AUAUAGAAGCCAGCACUGCAUGUGUGUUUGUGUGCAUGUGUUUCUCCUAUGCUGACUCAUAGCAUUGAAGCCUCUCUGGAAACACCCCCACCCUUCUAGCCAGCCAGUUGAUACACACCCCUUUGGCUCCUCCUUGAUUCAAAUGUUAAGUCAGGAGGAAGAAGGAAAACUAAUUCAAGAGCUGCACUUAAGCAUCUAGAAUUUUCUGUGAUACCUCUUGAGAGAAGAGACUGACUCCAGGUCUGACUCAGCUCACUACAAGCUAGACUCUCUUCUUAAAGCACCAACAUUACUUGAGUUUUUGGAUAAAAUUGAGAAAAGAGUCUAAAAGUGUUGUGGACUUUACAGGAGGCAGGAGGCUGACAACUGGCUAUAAAGACAAAGAUGUCAGGCCUGAGGCCCAGCACUCUAGUGGACCCUGAGAUUGAGCUAUUUGUGAAGGCUGGAAGUGAUGGAGAGAGUAUUGGAAACUGUCCCUUUUGCCAACGCCUUUUCAUGAUCCUCUGGCUUAAAGGAGUUAAAUUCAAUGUGACAACUGUUGACAUGACCAGAAAGCCUGAAGAGCUGAAGGACUUAGCCCCAGGUACCAAUCCUCCCUUCCUGGUGUAUAACAAGGAGUUGAAAACAGACUUCAUUAAAAUUGAGGAGUUUCUAGAGCAGACCCUGGCUCCUCCAAGGUAUCCUCACCUGAGUCCCAAGUACAAGGAGUCUUUUGAUGUGGGCUGUAACCUCUUUGCCAAGUUUUCUGCAUACAUUAAGAAUACACAAAAGGAGGCAAAUAAAAAUUUUGAAAAAUCUCUGCUCAAAGAAUUCAAGCGUCUGGAUGACUACUUAAACACCCCGCUUCUGGAUGAAAUUGAUUCAGGCAGUGCUGAGGAACCCACAGUUUCCAGAAGACUGUUCUUGGAUGGGGACCAGCUAACACUGGCUGAUUGUAGCUUGUUACCCAAGCUGAACAUUAUUAAAGUUGCUGCCAAGAAAUAUCGUGACUUUGACAUUCCAGCAGAAUUCUCAGGAGUCUGGCGUUAUCUCCACAAUGCCUAUGCCCGUGAAGAAUUUACCCACACGUGUCCUGAAGACAAAGAAAUUGAAAAUACUUAUGCAAAUGUGGCUAAACAGAAGAGUUAGGAUAGCUCUUACAGGAGAAAAGGCUGUGUUUGUGAUCAGAUUUUGCUUAUUGACACAUUAGAAAGGGUUUGCCGAUAAGAAUAUGAAAAAUACUGCUUCUUCUAUCCAACUCUCUUGUGAAAAGGAACUCUGUAUUUUCUGUUAGCCAUAAACAAUCUGUCCCCUGUGUAUUUUAUAGGUCUUCAUACUUUUACUUAAUUUUCUUUAUCCAUAUGACAAGCCACUGCAAUCCUGAAUGACAUGGAAAGCAUC